AUGCGCUCGUUCCUCUUUUUUCCUACCGUCGUCACGCUUGGGGUCAUUGGUUCUAUUGGGGUCCAAGCCGCUGAGCCCACCGUCCCUACUUUGCUGACCCCUACCCCGGGCGAAGUCCUUGGUGCCGCAUUCCCCUUCAAAUAUGUGAACCCUAAUCGUACUGCAGAGUCCAAUCCUCGAGCAGCGUCGAGCUUGAUUGGAGUGCUCUUCAACACGACCUACCAGAACGGCUUCUUCCCAUCCUUCUCCAACUCCGAUCCUACUACUGCCGAGACUACGCUCACAAUCGACUCUAGCGUUAUUGCGGAGGGCGCAUAUAAGGUCAAUGUUCAAAGCGGCAGUCAGUUCUCCACCAACUUCGCGGUCACCGUCUCGUACCAGUAA